AUGCAUUUCCGCCCGAUCGAGCAGUCAAUGGAGGACGAGCAUCUCGCGCAAAGCCGGGGCGGCAACUCUGGCCAAGCAGCGGCGCCGGAGGAUGGCUCUGCUCCCGGCGGCGUGUAUUUUUCCCUCGAUGAUGUCUUUGGGCCCGAGACUGAGGCAGAGCCGGGGUCCGGCGACGGCGUUGCUGCGGCCGCUUCGUCUCUCGAUGGCCCCGAAAACUCUCUUCACCCAUCCGAUAUGCGGCGGCUGGAGACUGAGCACACCACCGCCGGAUACCGGGAAGGCAUCUCGGCGGCAAAAGAGCGGACCAUCCAGGCUGGCUUCGACGAGGGCUUCAGCCUUGGCGCCGCGAUAGGGCUGGCGGCAGGGCAGCUGCUUGGCAUACUAGAAGGCAUCGAGGAUGCUCUCAGAAACACGUCCUCGGACCGGGCUGGUCACGACGAGAACGAAGAAGCCAAGGCGGCAUCGAAGCUGUUGGCAGAGGCGCGGGAAGAGCUGAGCGUGCCCAAGAUCUUCAGCUCCGAUUACUGGGCCCCUGACGGCAACUGGACCUACGACGUCAACCCUGAAGCCAACCAAGACGAUGAGGUGCUGUUUGCUGAUGUGGCAAGGGCGCAUCCCCUCAUCAGGAAGUGGACCGACAUUGUUGACGAGCGGGUCAAGUCAUGGAAGAUUGAUCGGUCUGUGCUCGAUGGCGAGGCUGUCGAGAAUGGGGAUGGUCGAGUGGAAGCUGCAGCAGCGGACGACGCGACCACCGGAGCUCCCGGCAUCGCUGGCACAAUCACACUUCCGCCGCCUGCAUCCAGACAGCGUCUGGAAUGGUGA